AUGGCAACCGUCCAAAUCCUCGACGGAGGCCUAGGCACCUCCCUAGGCGACCUCUACAAUGUCAAAUUCACAUCCACAAGCACACCCCUCUGGGCCUCGCACAUGCUUAUCAGCGACCCCACAACGCUAGAAGCAUGCCAGUCCGACUUCGGACGCGCAGGGGUAGACAUCCUCCUAACAGCAACCUACCAAGUCUCACCGGAGGGGUUUGUGCGAACAAAAACAGCGCAACACCCAGAGGGAAUUCCGCGUGGUGCCAUUGUGCCCUAUCUGCGGACAGCUGUUGAUAUUGCGCUUCGUGCGAAAGUGCGGGACACCGCUAGCGUGGCGCUCAGUCUUGGGCCGUAUGGUGCUUGUAUGAUUCCUGGGCAGGAAUAUAGCGGGCAAUAUGAUGCGGAACAUGACAGUGAGGAGAGUUUGUAUGUUUGGCAUCUUGAGCGAUUGAAGAUGUUUGUUGAGGCGGGGGUGGAGGGGUUGAAGUAUGUUGCUUUUGAGACUUUGCCGAGGCUGGAUGAGGUUCGGGCUGUGAGGAGGGCGAUGGCUGAUUCCGGGAUUAAUGUGCCAUUUUGGAUUGCUUGUGUUUUCCCCCGGGAGGAUGAGUUGUUGCCGGAUGGGAGUGGGGUGGGGGAUGUUGUGAAGGCUAUGCUUAGUGGAGAGGGUCCGGCUCCUUGGGGUGUUGGGAUCAAUUGUACGAAGAUGCAUAAGCUUUCUGGGCUUGUGGAUUCGUUUGGGAGGGCUGUCAAGGAGAUUGGGGGUGAUGUGCCAAGUUUGGUGCUGUAUCCUGAUGGUACGAAUGGGGAGGUUUACAACACUACCACUCAGGUUUGGGAGAAGCCGAGUGAAUGGAAUGAUAAUGUGAGUGACAAUCGGCCGUGGGAGGUUCAGUUGGCUCAGGUGGUCAAUGAAUCAUACGAAAAGGGCCAUUUCAAGUCUUUCCUUGUGGGUGGGUGCUGCAAGGCUUCGCACCAUGAUAUCAAGAAGCUCGGGGAACAAUUCAAGGCCAAUUGA